AUGACUACCGGUGCUAAUACAGAUCAAGCACAAUGGCAUACAGUUACUUGCAAAGAAAUUAUAUAUACAUUACCCAUAAGAUAUCAAAAUCCAGUUCAUAUUGCACAAGGAGCUUUUGGUUCUGUCAUCCGAGCUACUGAUACAGAAUUAGGCAGACAAGUAGCUAUUAAGAAAAUGUUUAGUCCAUUUAAAACUCGAGUACAUGCAAAACGAACUUAUCGCGAACUUAAACUUCUCAUGCAUCUCAACCACGUUGAUGCACAAAUUGUGCAACUAUAUAAUGUGUUUACACCCGAAAAGGAUGUAAAUCAGUUCCAAACAUUAUAUUUUGUACUUAAUUACUGUCAAUAUGACUUAAAUAAAGUUAUUCGACGUCGCAUACCAUUUACUGAAGAACUUAUUAAACAAAUAAUUUAUUCACUUUUACGUGGCCUUAAGUUUAUACAUUCAGCUGGUGUUAUUCAUCGUGAUUUAAAACCAUCAAAUAUUGGAAUCGAUGACAAUUCCAAUGUUGCAAUUCUUGAUUUUGGCUUAGCUCGUGUUGCAUCGGACGGUGUUCAAACUGGUUAUGUUGCUACGAGAUGGUGGCGUGCGCCAGAAGUAUUUGUUCAUUGGGAACGUUACAAUGAUAAACUUGAUAUAUGGUCAGUUGGUUGUAUAAUGGCAGAGUUAAUCCUACUUAGACCAAUAUUUAAUGGAAAUGAUAGUAUUGAUCAAUUAAAUAAAAUAUUCGAUGUUAUUGGUACACCCGAUUUGACUACAUUAAAUGAAAUAUGUACUUCAGACGCAAUAUGUUAUAUUAGUCGACUGCAACCUAAGGCAAAAGCCGAUUUUAAUCAGUUGUUUGGUUUCAAAUAUCCGCCAGGAGUAGCAGAUCCAGUAUCUGGUGUAUCACAACAAGGUAUUGAUUUACUUGAUCGUCUCCUAACUUUUGAUCCUCGUAGACGUCCAACUGCUGAAGAAGCAUUAGCUGAUCCCUUUUUGUCAGACUUCCGUGAUCCAACGGACGAACCAUCUAUGGAACCUGUGAUUGAUGAACAUAGAGAUGCUGAGCAGAGUACGACACAAUGGAAAUUUCUCACCUGGUCAAUGAUAGAAAAUUUUCAACCACCAUCUUGGAUUAAUGAAAAUAUUAACUAUAAUAUGGAAUAA